CCUAAAAAAAAAAAAAAAAAAAAACACACACACACACGCCGGACUGAAGUUUAGCAGAAGCUGCGAGGCUCUUGAUUUGUUUUGAUUUUCUUCACAUAUUCGGAUGUUUUUGAGGGGAGAAACGCCCCGGCGGACAGUCCCAGUGUCCGCCCUGCUGCUGGCUCUGCUGCUGCUCGGAGGACCGGCCCGCUGCAGCGGCGACACGCAGGUGGAGCGACAGGAGGCCCACGACACCGCAGAAGGAUGGGGGCAGGACGGCGGUGAAGGCGGUGGCGGGGGCGGCGGUGCCUUCUUCGCCCUGCGGAGCUGCCAUCAGGUGCUGCACGGCGACAGCGGCGAGUUCUUCUCUCCGGACUACCUGUGCUCCAACCCGCCGCUCUGGUGCAACUGGACCAUCCACGUGGAUCCUGGGAAGCGGGUUCGUCUCCACCUGGAGGACCUGACCCCGGACGACGCCUGCCACCUCAAGCAGGACCAGAUCCACGUGGACGAACCCGUUGGCAAAUCCAGGGGCCACAAGGUCCUGCAGCGGUGCUGGCGGGAGGCGAAGUACAUCUCUGGGUCCGACACUUUGUACGUGGUCCUGCUGAUCGGAGGUCAGCCCAGCUCGCCGUACAGAGGCUUCUACGGCCGCUAUCAGGCGUUUGGACCGCCGGUCGUGUACAACCCACAGGAGCCGGCUGGAGAACCGUGGCUGCAGCCCGGGAUGACAGAGCUGCCUCUCGACCAAACACACUUCACCAAAUUUGUGCCGGCGUUGGAAGGUGAACCGACCGAGGCAGCCGACCUGGAGCAUCACACCAUGACUCCGCCCCCGCCCUCGGAAAACUAUGACCUGAUGUAUGAUUAUUACGAUCAGGCCUCAGCCCCGCCCACCGAGCUGCCAUGGGAGGAGCAAGAGCUGCCAGAGGAAGACACAACACCAAAGACUGAGGAGGAAGGCAACCAGGUGGGAGAAAACCACCUUCCAGACUCCGAGAGCCACAACGAUGAGUCCUGGCUCACAUCUGCACCUGCAACUCUGGUGUCUUCACAUGGGACGUCCCGCUUAGAGAGAGAUGUUGUGCAGACCCCGUCGGGACGUCCCGACCGAGCGGCCCACCCUCUGCCCUCACAUGAGAGGCCAGAGUCUGAGCCUCAGCCCAAACCCUCCGCUCACACCCCGACAGCGAAACACAGGAAUGUGGACGCCCAGACGGGAGCUCCCAUAACCUCUGCUGUCCCGGAGGAGAGCGCCAUCCAGAGGCCAACAGAGGCAGAGACGCCACCUUGGGACGACGAGGCUGAGACGGAGGUCAGCGAGGCCUCAGAGCAGCAUCUUCCUCCUCCCUUUGAUGAAGCUGAUGAAGCGGAGCCCACAGAGGCUGAGGAGCCUCAUCCUCACCCCAACAUGGUGGAGCCGCUGUCCGACCUGAGAGGGAACGUGAACAGCAGAAACCACUCAGGAGCUCCACAUCUUCCUGGUGAUCACCUGUUUGAAGUGGCCGUCGAGGUGACGUUCCCUCAGGACUCGGAGCAGCCCUGGGACCAGCUGGCCAGGUCUCUGCUGAUCUCAGUGAAGGCUCUGAUUAACCAGCAUUUGGAUGUUCUGUACGCACCAAAAUCCAUGUCCUCCAAAAGAAUAAAGAGGUUGAGUGCAGGAGUGCUGUACAUCCUCUGGCUGCAGGUCAGGCAGGGGCCCGGCAGCUCCCACAUGCACAGGGCCGUGCACGCUGCCCUGCAGGGGCUCCUCGCCACCGCCGUGGGCCCCGCAGGACUCCCCGGGAAGGCGGUGGUGGUCUCGGUGUCGACUGCAGAUGUCAACGAGUGUGGGACCCAGCUGGUGCUGUGUGACAUCAAUGCGGAGUGUGUGAACCGGUUCGGCUCGUACUCGUGCCGCUGCCGGCCGGGCUUCCAGGACGAGUCGCGGCUCGGCUCGGGAGGAACGGUCUGCGUGGACGUGAAGGCCGCCGGCUGCAGCUCGGGUUCCUCUGCUGAGACCAGAGGCGUCUACGUGCUCUUCUUCCUGCUCAGCUCGCUCAUCCUGAUGCUGCUGGCGGCGGCUGGCGUGCUGUACCGCCGCCGCCACCGGGGGGCGUUCCCAAUCCACUGCCACAGCAGCGGCAGCGUCUGUCCUCCUGACCUCAACAACAACAACAACCACCACCACCAGCAGGGCAGCUACUCUGGCCCCGCGGACGCUGAGCUGCCACCCCCGCCGCCGCCUGUCCGGAGGCCCCGGGAUGGUUGGGCCCCCCUGAAGGACGGCGUCCCGGCUGUGGACCUGCCCCUCCUGCGCUUCACCCCCCUGACACAGGAUAUGUGAAGCGUCCUAAUAUCUUCUGUAAAUCUCCCCUUUUUUUGUUUGUUUGUUUUAUCUUUGUGUCCAAAACUGAUAUUCACUGCUUAAAAAUAAAUUGGCAAGGAAACUGCA